CUCUACCUCUCCCUCUCCCUUCAUCUCUCUCUCUCUCUCUCUCUCUCUCUCUCUCUCUCUCUCUCUCUCUGCGCCUCUUCUUCUCCCUCUCCCUCUACGGUCGAGCCCUUUCUCAGAUCCAUCAUCUUCAUCGCCUCCAUGCUUCCGAUAAUUAGUGACCAGAAUCAAUGGUUGUCAUAAGCGGCCAACUCAUAGUAAAGAUAUGCAGCGAGGAAUACAAUAGGCCCACAUACAUGUUGUUAGGUGUUCAAACAGAGUUAUCAGUGAUUGUUUCAGACCUGACUAUGAUUCUCGGCAUUGCACGUGGACUCAAUCUUCUUUUUGAACAGGACCUAUUCAUAUGUGUCUUUUUAUCUGCAAUUGAUGUUGUGCUAUUUCCACUAUUUAUACCCUCUUAGUGAGAUUGACUCUUC